AUGGCAGGGCCAUACUUAUCCUCUUUGCCAGGGGAUCUGCUUACCGAAUAUAUGUUUGGGAGAAGACGGCAGAGGCGCAACCGUACCACUUUCAGUCCUCAACAGCUUCAGGAGCUGGAAGCCCUCUUUCAGAAGACGCACUACCCCGACGUUUUUCUUCGAGAAGAAGUCGCUCUCAGGAUUAGUCUGUCCGAAGCUAGAGUUCAAGUUUGGUUUCAAAAUCGACGGGCAAAAUGGCGGAAACAAGCCCGACUUCAAUUGUUACAGGAUGCUUGGAGAAUGCGCUGUUUGGGAAUUACAUCUCCCCAACUAAUAUUAACGGGAAGACCCAGCGGUCCACCUCUUCCGGGAAAUCCGGAGAUGCAAGAAAAACCACCGGAAUACCCUCUCAUGAACCCAGGCCUACCUGUGCCCUGUCAGUGUUCUCCAAGAACGGAAAGCAGGAGUCCACACAGUCUAAGAAGCUCUCCUAGUCCUACUCCCUUGUCUCCUGGGGGACCAGAUGAUCUCUCUGUGGCAAAAACUACUCACAUCGUAGAUAAUUUCGAAAUUAACAAAAAUUUAUCUGCAAAUAGUCAUCCACGAAGCGAGUCAUAA